UUUUUUCUUUAGGUAAAUAAUUUUGUAUUUAAAGGAAAAGAAAACGUGAAAAUCAUGUUUAGGAUUGCAUGAGUAUCAAUUAAAAGAGCCGUUAGCUUCCCGCCAAGGCAACAGAGAAGUAACCGAUUUUUAAACUGCCCAAACGGUUCCUGACAAUAUAAUAUGAACAAGUAAUGAAUAUAUGCUUUUCUCAUAUUUUCAUUUUCUUUCUUAAAAUUUCUCCAACUGUUUUCCCAAUUCCCCAUUUCAAUUUCUAGCAACAAUUAAAGAAAAACAAACAAAUACAGAGAGUUAUUAUGGAGCUAGAAUUAGGUCUAAAGAUCACACACAGCAGAGAUGAUCAUAUCACUUCUCAGGCCGAUCUUCGGAUUGCUAAAGAUUACAACGGUCCUCUCUUCCUCUCUACAGAAACUGAAACAAUGUUUUUUCUUAUUGUUUAUCUCAAAGGUUUUAGAAGAGAGAAUAUUGAUAUCGAUAUCAAUAAAGACGGGAAUCGAAUUGCGAUUAGUGGGAAGAGGGUGGUUCAGGAGAUGGUGUUGUCAGGUUGGAUUAUGCACAAGAAAGAUGUUGAGUUAAGGGCGUUCAAGAAAGUUUUUAGAAUUCCUGAUGGGAUCAUUUUGGAUCGAAUCAAGGCGAAAUUCAACGAUCAAGAAUCGAGUUUGAAGAUUAUCAUGCCGAAGUUGGUGAAAGGAAUGACCGGCUUUGAGAUUCAAGAAGUGACGGACGAGGAGGAGGUAACUCAGAGUGAGCCUGACAAGCUUCCUCAAGGGGAACAUAGAGAGCCUGAAAUUGAGGAAGUUAUGCAGAACGAAGUUGAAAGUACGGAACCUGAAAUCCUAAGAGUUUCAGAAUAUAGGGAUUCGACAGAACCUGAGAUUGAAAGAACAGGAGAAAGUGAUCAGAUAAUGAAGCAGGCUGAUCAGACAAGAAAAGAGGAAGCUGAAGUGUUUCGUGACGAUAGUAAAGGGAUGAUGAUUCAGGAUAAAUCCGAAGAUUCGACAACUGAAAACAUGUCUGCCGCUGAAGCAGAGUCUGAAAAACCACAAAUUCAGGAAAGAGAAGAAUCAGAAGCCGUUUCUGAGAAUAUGAUUGCAGCCACGGAAUCUAAGGAAGUCGAACAGGAGAAAAAAAUCAAGCAGACAGCGGAAAGUAAUCUAAUUGCAGACGGAGAAUCUCCAGAGUCAGGGAUUGUAAGAGAAGAUCAAAUUGAAGAACAAAUCAGCGCACAAGAAACCACAGAAACGACAGAAUCUGUCAGUGAUAAACAACUACCAACUGAAUCUGAAGAACAAGCAGUAACAGAAGUGAGAAAAGAAUUGCAAAAUCAAGAACCUGAAAGAAAAGGUGAAGAAUCCGAAACAGCCAAACCUGAUAAAGAAAGAAAUCAAGCGCAGGCAACAGAACAGUUAAAGAAAGAUGAAGGCAGUAUCAGUGAAGAACAAAGUCGCGAAGAAGGAGAAAUCCAGGAAGAAUGUCCAGAAUUAAUAGAAAAACAGAAAGAAGCGGAUGAAGAAGAAAAUAAAAUAAAGAAUAAUGAUCCGAAAGGAUAUAAGCUACGUCCUCCAUAUGUAGUGGCAGGUUCAGUAAUACUUGUCUCCCUUAUAGUGCUUGUCAUCAGUUUGCUUCGAGGUAGAAGAAGAUGAUAGAAUGUAUAUAUUUCCUUAUUGGUUUGGUUUGGUAUGACAGAAAACAAUAAAAUUCAGUCCGUUAUUCAGGAUAUUUGUUGUUCAUCUAACAAUUACAGCUACAAAAGCAUAUGAAAUGAAAUUAUUAUACUUUUUGUAUUUCAG